AUGUCUCCGAAGCGACCUCUAACGAACCAGCCGAUCAUAUGGGCGGAGUCACGACAAGAGGUAUGCGAGUCUUUCGACUGGUUCAGAAGCUACCAAGGCGGCGUGUACUUCAACAACGACAUGGUCAAGGGAUACCUGCUCAGCGCAUUUUCGUCGGGUCGAGACUUGUUCGCCCGCGACGGUCGCCUCAUCAUAUCCCAUGGUGGCGGUAAGGCCGAGAGUGUCCAUACCAAGGCUGGUCAACACACAGUGCGCGAAGCCGACGACCAGCACGAAGAAGACAAAUCUGUCCGCGCCCUGCUUCGCACCUACCAGAUGAAGCGACCGCUGGUCCUCAUCAUCGACGACCGAUAUGCGCUCUUCCCAUACGACCUCGCGACGAAGGGGUAUACGUAUGUUGUGCUCGGUUUCUACCACAUCGCGCACGCUUGGGCCGAGCGUCACCCUGCGCGCAAUGGCAAGGGCUACGUGAUUCGCUACAAAUUUGCCUUCGAGUGGUGCAAGAAGCAGCCGGAGCCGUGGUGGCUCAAGGGCCCGGACGGCCUCGUCCCGCCUGACACUGCGCACCACCCCGCCGCGACAUACACCUGCCCGUCAUGCCAGAAGCUGUCUCCACUCUUGUACGAGGGAGCGUGGAUGUGCUUGCAGGCAAACUGUCAGAGUUUCUGGACGCGUAUGGACGGCUCUCGCCCUCCCGAAGACCUCACGUAUGACUCGAAUUUCGUGAACUCGUCCUUCCAAUGCGAGCACGGGACCUUGGAGGACAUCGCACCGCUGCCGCCCGCCACGGGGGCCGCAGAUGGAGUGAUCACCAGUCGUCGCUUCUGCAAGGGGUGGCACUGCAAGAAGUGUGGACGGCUCUCUUCCAGGUACAAAUGGGAGCACUGGGAGUGCAAGAGCUGCGGGAACACGUUGCAGGUCUCGGGCAAGCAUCGGUCCUAUAAGGAGUUUUGGGGCCAGACCAACACGGACAAGUUCAUGCAUCAUAAGGUGUCCCCCGAUUCAGGCAUUAUCGUGAGCACUCUGACCCCAUACAGAGCGGGAAACGCAAAGAGUCACUAUCAUACGUACAUUUUACCGGAGAACAGGGGACGCAUAUACUUGAUCCUGGCAAACCACUCGACAAACGAAACCGCCAACGAGAUUUUCCGGGAAUACCAAGAACAGGCGCAUUCCGGAGAGCUUCGCUUCAGACGGUGGCCGCUGAGACAACAUCAGUGCCGUGGGACUCUCCUCACCAACUACUUUUCGCAAAACAGUGACUGGGGAGCCGUACCAGGUACGGAAUGUCCGCUCGCAUAUAUCCGCGUCGUAUUCAUCAUCAUGCAGUACGUUGGCGGAACUGACAACACUGUGCCCUUCGAUGGCGCCCCUUCGGCUGUGGUGAAGGCCCGCGACCUGAUCCAUUCGCGCAUGCUCAGUGUCAUGCAGGCGGAGAGCGGUCAGUAUUGCUUCAACGAAGUUCUCAGCGCGGCGUACAUGGAGAAACAGAAGAUGGCGGGAGACAUCCUGAUCAUGGAUGGGGCGGCUAUCCAAGAAUACUACGAGCAUACCGUUGUCCCGCUGAACUUCCGCAUCGCUGCAACGGCUCGAUUCAUCGGCGCCCAGUAA